UGAUGUAUGUGUGGGCAGGGGCUAGCAGUCCAGAGGGGGUUGAUAUAUGUAGAAAAGUAAACACUGUAAAAGAAGAAACCGGGAAGCCAAGUGAGUGAAGGCGUGCCUUUUUUUGGUCAAAAUAUACAUAAACUCGUGGUGUAUCUCGUUUUCUGCAAAAUUCGUUCCCUAUCAAUAUGCGCCAGCAGGCUGUUCUCAUGGAGCCCACGAAAGCAAAAUAAAGCUUUUUCUCGUGGAUUCUUAAGGUCCACCCCCUCACGUUUUAAUUUUGGGUAUUCAAUCGCUACCAAAUCCGACACAUUCACGGAGAAAUGUGUCUUUUUAAAACAAAAAUCGGAUACUUCGAUUUUUCAUUUUCUAGUAUGUUAUCAUGUGCUUUAAUUGCGCCAAUGAAUUUAUUUUAAACUAACCAUCUGAAGAUUAUAUCUCAUGCUGCCGUGUGCCGUGGGGAGUUACUGUUAUCACAACAGUACUGCAAUUUUAGACCCAAUUGCUGCGUAGACGUAGUAGUAACUCGCCUAUGUAGGGACGUUUUGAAGGCGAAGGAGUGAGAAAUCGCAAGAAAAACAUGACUAUGUCCGUCCCGGAGAGGAGCUCUGGGUCUGGGGGAAAGGAGGAGGAGAGCGAGGAUGAGAGCGAGAUUUUGGAAGAAAGCCCCUGCGGCCGUUGGCAGAAGCGAAAAGAGCAGGUGAGCCAGGGCAAUGUGCCGGGCAUCGAGAGUGCAUCGCUGGCGAUGGACACAGAGGAGGGGGUGGAAGUGGUGUGGAAUGAGGUGCAGUUCUCCGACAAGAAGGUCUUCAAGGCCCUGGAGGACAAAAUUAAAGAGAUGUUUGAGAACCUGAUGCAGGUAGAGCACCCCAACAUAGUCAAGUUCCAUAAGUAUUGGCUGGACAUGAGAGAGAGCGGUGCCAGGGUGAUUUUCAUCACAGAGUACAUGUCUUCAGGGAGUCUCAAGCAAUUCUUGAAGAAAACCAAGAAAAACCAUAAGACUAUGAAUGUGAAAGCAUGGAAGAGAUGGUGCACACAGAUCCUGUCAGCCCUCAGUUACCUGCAUUCCUGCGAUCCCCCAAUAAUCCAUGGCAACCUGACCUGCGACACCAUCUUCAUUCAGCACAAUGGGCUCAUCAAGAUUGGCUCAGUGUGGCAUCGACUGUUUGUUAAUGCAUUCCCAGAGGCUGUACACGGACAAGUUCGUCACCAUCGAGAUGAACAAAGGAACCUGCACUUCUUUGCCCCAGAAUAUGGCUUGGCUGAGGACGACUAUGCAAUUGACAUCUUCUCCUUUGGAAUCUGUGCCCUGGAGAUGGCUGUGUUGGAGAUCCAGGCCAAUGGAGAUGCUGUGGUCCCCAAAGAGGCAAUUACCCAUGCUGGUCAGUCACUGGAAGAUCCUCUGAUGAGGGAGUUUAUCCAGUCCUGUGUGAGACAUGAUGCAAAGAAGCGCCCGACGGCGCAUGACCUGCUGUUCCACAGGGUGCUGUUUGAGGUGCACUCCCUCAAACUGCUGGCUGCCCACUGCCUCAUCAACAACCAGUACCUGCUGCCAGAAAACUGCGUGGAGGAAAAGACUAAGUCAUUUGAUCCCAACGCUGUGAUGGCCGAGAUUCAGCACACGGACCGUCCGGGGGUGCAGUUGAGGUAUUCCCAUGUCUCUCCACUGGAGCUGGACAAGUUCCUAGAGGAUGUGAAAAAUGGGAUUUACCCCCUGAUGAAUUUUGCCCCUCCGCGCCCUCACCCCAUGCCCCGUGCACUCUCGUUGUCCCAGGAGCACAUGGAGACUGUGAAGACCCCCACACCUGAGCCCCAGGAGACAGAGACCAGAAAGGUUGUUCAGAUGCAUUGUAAUCUGGAGUCCAACGAAGAAGGAACAAAAACACACCUCACCCUAUUCCUAAAGAUGGAAGAUAAGCUCCACAGGCAGCUCAGCUGUGACAUCCUGCCCGCGGACAGUUCAAAGGAUCUUGCAAAUGAGCUGGUUCAUUUUGCCUUCAUCAGUGAGGAGGACUGCGACAUGCUGGCUGGGUUCUUAGAGGAGGCUCUCAGUAAGUACCGGAGUGGAGGCACUGGCUGGACUGGCAUCACAAUGAUGCAUUGAGAAUGGCGGCGCUCUUCCUUUGGCAACGGCAGGCCCACCCGGGCCGGGAAAGAGAGAGGGGACAGAGGGAGAGGAGGUCGCAAUGCUCACACAGAGAGAAGCGGAUUCUGGAAUGGGUUGUCAGCUGUCACAGGUAGAUCAGACCCGACUGCACCGGAAGAGGAGACUGAGCAGGUGAAGCUGGAAGAACAGGAGCAAUACCCAGAGCCCUCGUCACAUAUCGGACUUUCAUGACAUUCCCAAGCUGUACCACAACGCUAUACAUUUCUAUUUCAAUUUCCUCCUUUGAAAGUCCUCCUUUUUAUUAGAGAUUAAGUGUUUGCUUUUGAACUUAGUUUUCUGUCUUUAAAAGGCCUCUCCUGCCAACCACUCUGGUUUCUGUGUUUAUUUCUGUCCUGCGUUGCAUGGAUAGCUUGGGUUUCAGAGAUGUUCAAAUGACAGGAAGGAGGAAAUGUCUGUAAAAGGGAUUUCAGCCCAAUGAGGAUUUUCAUGUGGCUGUUCCCUGAGGGCCACAAAGGAGCACAGACCGGGGGAGCAGAGAAUAGAAGAUGCCUUCUCAAAUCCCAGAGGCUGAAGGCAGAACUCUGAGACAUUCUAGAAAACCCUGCAACUCUGGGUGAAACCUGGGUGUUGUAGAGAACCGCAGUCCAGUAUCACGCAGCCUCACCAUCCACCAGCUCAGCAGUUAGUGGAUAUCUGAACGGUGUACUCUACAGUGAAUAGGAUCCCCAAGCAUCAAAAAUGUAUGUCACCUGCAGCGAGCAAGUACUUUCCUGAUACAAACCGCAUUCUUUAUUCCACAAUGAAAUGUGAAAUACAGAGGCCGGGUCUGUAUAACUUUAUUUUGUUUGUUCUUCUUGUUGUGUUAUACUCCAGGAACACAUUAAGAAAGACCCUGGACUGUCUGAAACUGUGCAGUACAUAUUAAGCAAUGUAUAGAAAAGUGAAUCAUCUUAAUAAAUAUAUAAAAUAUUGUUAAAUUUCAUAUAGAAAUAGUUUAUUUUAAAAGAAAUACUGAUAAAUCACAUCCAUCAAACGUGUAUAGCCUCAUAGGCGAUAGACUUUGCAGCUUAAGUGUUUGAUCUGUUUUAAUCACACUAGUAUUAUAGUAUUUCCAUUCCCAGAAUGAAGCACUCAAGUAUGAAUCUCCAAAAAUUAAAUCAACAAUUUAAAGUGGCAGAGCAGUUUAAGUGGCCAGUGAAUAUGCAGAUCACAAUUCUUUCAUUGUGUUUCUUUCCUUUUCCCGAAAUCUUAUUCUCACCACACCAGUUCUGAUCACCAACCUGGAACUGUAUUUGCUGCAGGCUUUUCUUCAUGGGCUCACAUAGAUAAUUUAAAUCAACACCACUAAAUCAACCCUGUGAAAUUAUUAAUUGGCCCUCAAUUGCCCCUAUGGCUUUCUGGGACUUUUAUUUCUAUUCAGCAAGCUGCAGCUAAGAACACAAAUGUUAUCAUGGCAAGGCAAUGCGUAUAAUCUUUUUCCGUUUUUUUCCUUUUUCCAUUUUGCCACAAAAUAGCCCUUUAUACUGUCACCAUUUGUGGCCACACUCUGUGAAUGGGAAUCGUAUAGAUUGUAGUUUCUGGAAUUAGCCCUUAGCCCUUUUUCCUGAAGACACUACCAAAUACAGUACUUCCACCCUCGUUUCUGCUUAGUUUAUGAUUGAACUGUAAUGACACAUUGCCCCAAAUGUGACUGCAUGAUAUCAGGUUAUCUACAGAUAGUAAAUGCUGCAUUUUUGCCAUUCCAAAUAUUGUCUGUUACACAAUGUACUGCGCAAGGCUGCAUGGAGCAGCACUGCUGCCUAAGUAGUAUGUACUGCAGGGUCCUGCUACAGUCAUCGAGGUCAUACAAAUAGCAGAAUGACCUCAUUUUGUCCUGAAGCUAUGUUACCUACACCUUCAAGUGAUUCUGUUUCCAAUAAUGCCUUAGCUAUCGAAUUGAGCCUUUUUAGUAUGUACAUAAAGAUAGGAAUGGAUGAAUAGACAAUAACCAGUAUAUCCAUCUCUUUGACCCCCCCCCCCCAUCUCUACCUUGGGUCCAUGGAAUGCAGAUGGGCUCAUUGUUUUAAUCAACUGGUUCUGUGCUGUGUUUGUUUUUUGUUUGUUUUCAUGUAAACUAUUAUAGACAACAAAAAUGAUCAUAAUUAAACAUGAUUCAAGUCUUCCUGA